AUGACGCGAUUGGAUAAGGCCCAGCGGGAGAAUCCACAGGGCUCUGCACCGUUUCGGGAUCGGAACAAGCAGACUUCCUCGGAGAACAGCCUUCUUGCCCAGGGUGACGGCUAUCUCAGGCCCUUGCUGAGCCUUUCCACGGGCGAGGUGAUCGAGCAUUUCCCGUCCCGGGCGGAGGAUGUGGCCAGUCUCUCGUCUGCCCAAGUCAAUCGUAUCCUGGUGGAGUUGAAGCUCGACACAGAUGGGAGUCUGAAGCGGCGAAGGCGUAGGUUAUUGCUCGCUUGUGGCGUCACGCAUCCAGUUUUGUAG